UUGCAAUAAUCUUCCACAAGGACACAAGCAGGACUCUGCCCCAGACAGGUAUUAAGGGGGCAUUAAUGAACAUGGAACAUAAUUUUCCUAAUAUCUGUUAGUUUGAAGUCUGAAAUACUUCAAUUAACUUGAUUCAGACUGCUGGAUCAGAGAAUGGAGGAACCUUGUUACAGCUUCGAGGAGGAAGAAACCACUUCUGAAUUUCUCCUCUGGGAUCAAGAUCCUAAUGAUGAACUCCAGCUAGACAACCUCCUUCUGGACUAUUCCUCCCUGGCAGACCAUUUGUUCCCUUGGCCUUCCUCUGCCAGCCCACCCACAGCCCCCAUUAGCUCGGUAGCCCCGCCGAGCCCGUUCGACGUAGCGCCGGAGCGGGCGCUGGGUGCUGAAGUGGACAGCUCCCCUCCGCCCGGCCCCGCCGCGCCGAGCCCCGGCAGCGCCCACCGCCGGGCCGCCAACGUCCGCGAGAGGAAGAGGAUGCUCAGCAUCAACUCGGCCUUCGAUCAGCUCAGGUGCCACGUUCCGACUUUCCCAUACGAGAAGCGGCUCUCUAAGAUCGACACGCUCCGCCUGGCCAUCGCGUACAUCGCUCUCCUUGGAGAGAUCCUGCUCUCUGGCUGCGAACCCAAAUCCUACGUGGAGCAGUGCCUGAAGAGCAGUUUGCAAAGCCACCGCCAGGCAAUCUGGAAUACAAGUGAUCUGACAGCCCGCCUGUCUUGGAUAAAGUGGGAUUAAGAAAUACCCAGAAGAAAUACCUCUAAAGGCAACAUAGUGCUAACCUGAUGACCUGACUGCUAGGUACCAGCUGUUAAAUUCUCAGCACUGCAAGCAAAUACAUGGCACUUGCAACUAUACUAAGGGUUGCUGAUCACUUUCCUUCUGCACAUCCAACAUUCAGACUCUUUUAGUGUCAAUUCACUGCUGUUUAGCACCUUCUGCUUUCUUUCUCCUACUUUCUCGCACAUUUAUAGACUGCUCUUACAUGAAAACAAAGGAAAACUAUC